AGCGCGUGUGUGUGUGUGUGUGUGUGUGUGCGCGCGCGCCCUCUUCACUGUAACUCACCCUGCAAUUCCUCCUCCCUACCAUGUGGUGGAGUGAGCGCGCAGAUCGUAGAUUCGUAACCGGAAGUAAAAUAAGGCAGCGCUGCUAGUUAACAGGAGAAGAAGAACGGGAUUUGUUUAUGGCUAUAUUAGCUGUUACCUAGCUACGACUUUCAAUAAAAAAGGGAAUACAUAGACAAAUAAUUUGUUAAAGUAAUCAAUAUUAACGUGUUUAGAUUAUUAUCGGUUAGACAGAAUGAUGCAACGGCGGAACAUAUCGUUUACGGAGAUGAAAUUUGAACAGAUAGUCGGAUAGCUUAGCAUCAGGGUUAGCUAGCUGCGCCGGACAGAGCGGCUGAUUAAGAGCGGUUUAUAAACUAAAGCGCUGAUUAGUGAGUGAGCUGUGAGUGUAUGAGACCGGGCGGAACAUGUCUUUAGUGGCCUACGACAGCAGCGACGACAGUGAGCGCGACGAUCCGAGCCCAGAGCCACGCAGCUCGGCUAAACCCGGCGGGUUGUUCACCUCUCUGCCCGCGCCCAAGCGCUCAGAGCCCGCAGUGGAGAACCAGAAGCCCGGGCCGGAGCUGCUCAGAGCCAAGAAGCGCUCAGAACCGGUCAGGAUCAACGUUCCGGAGAUCCGAGCGGAUAGCUCAGACGAGGAUGAAGACGAACCUGUGAGAAAGAAAGUGGGAUCUCAGGGCGGCGCUCUGUCGUCUCUCCUCCCCCAACCCAAACACCUGAGUGUGAAGGAGACACAGCGCCCCCUGGUGCCUCACACCCUCACCAAACGCCCCGCCCCCGCCGCUCACGCCAAAGGGACCAAGCCUGCGUCUCAGGGUGUGUCCGGGACGAGUCCGUCUCCGUCGGCCAUUAAAGCGGCGGCCAAGUCGGCGUCGCUGCAGUUCGCUCGGCAGAUCGCAGCAGACGAGGAGGGAAGCGACGAUGAGCUCGCCCCUGAGAAUUACUUCUCCCUGUCAGAAAGCUCAUCGGAACCGGUGGCCGCGGCGUCGUAUCCCGACCCUCAGCCGUACGCUCCGUCGCUCCAGCCUUCUCCCCUCAACUCCGAGGACGCUCCGCUCGACUUCAGCUCCGGCGCAGAGUCCCAGCCGAGGCCAGCGUGGGUCGCUCAGGAGUACCACACCGCCGAUUAUCAACCAGACGACCAUAAACCCAGCGCUCAGGACUAUUACAGCGAGGGGUUCUAUCCGGAGCAGAACUCCGGGCUCGGGGAACAGGAAGAAGCAGAAUCCUCCACCCUGUUCAACGACGAAGCAUUCCGCAGGCUGCAGGGUAAACAGAACCGAGGGAAAGAAGAGAUCAAGUUCCUGGAGAUUAAAGGAGACGAUCAGCUCAGCGGUCAUCAGCAGUGGAUGAUGAAGAACAUGACGACGGAGACGGAGCCGCGCAGGUCCUUCAGUAAGAAAAAAGGAGAUCAGCCGACGGGGCAGCAGAGACGCAAACACCAGAUCACCUACCUGAUCCACCAAGCCAAGGAGCGAGAGUUGGAGCUGAAGAACAGCUGGUCUGAUAACAAACUCAGUCGCAGACAAACUCAGGCCAAAUACGGCUUCUAGAGAUCUGUACAGCCUCUCCCUCUCUCUCUCUUCCUCUAUCUCUCUGUCUCUCCCUCUCUCUCUCU